GCAGCCCCUUCCAGAGAAGAUCCAGCUAAUGCCCCGCUCAAGCAGGCCCAUGGCACUCAAAGGCAUAACUCUGUGCCCAAGGCGGACUCCAAGAAAACCCCUCAGCCCUCGCAAACGCACAGGAGAUGAAAAUGGCUGUAACCUCAGUGCCAACCUACUGGGCUCUCCUCCCAAACAGCCCUGUCUUAACCUGGCCUCCCCCCGCAAGCUGGGCUUUGAUGAGAACUCCCCUGUUCUAUCCCAGAGGAGUCUACUGACCCCCCUGUCACCAAAACGGCAGCGCCUCUCCCACCCCAGGGCCUCCCCCAGCAGACUCCAUGAGAUCCCCAGUGGGAGCCCAUCAUGUCCCCGAUCAGAGGGCACGGUGGUCGGCCUCUUUGCUGAAAAGUCUAAGUUCCAUAGUGUGAAGCAGGCCCUCCACACGGCUGUCCCAGAGCGCCUGCUAUCCCGGGAGGCUGAGAGGUCCUCAAUCCGCUCCUUCCUGGAGGACAAGACCCUAAAGGCCAGCCCAGCCAGCCUCUACAUCUCUGGCCCCGGCACUGGCAAGACCGCUUGCCUCAACUGUGUGUUGCAGGAGAUGACGGAUGAACUGAAGGAGAUUCAGACAGUGGUGAUCAACUGUAUGGCUCUGCGUAGCUCCCACGCCAUCUUCCCCCUGCUGGCAGAGAAACUGGGGGCCUCUGGGGGCCACACUGACACCAAGUUGCAGAAACUGCUGACCAGCACGGGGCCUACUGUUCUUCUAGUCCUGGAUGAAAUGGACCAGUUGGACAGCAAGAACCAAGAUGUUCUCUACACCAUCUUUGAGUGGCCGUACCUGCCCAAGUCCCGUCUCUGUCUCAUUGGUAUCGCCAACGCUCUGGACCUGACGGACAGGAUCCUCCCCAGGCUCCAGGCCCUGCCUCGUUGUCGGCCCCAGCUGUUACACUUCCCUCCCUACAGCCGCCAGGAGCUCGCCGCCAUCGUACAGGACAGACUCCGACAUGUGUCCGGAGAGGGGUUACUAGACGCAUCGGCCGUGCAGUUUUGUGCCAGGAAGGUGUCUGCUGUGUCGGGAGACGCACGCAAAGUUCUGGAUAUCUGCCGGAGAGCUGUAGAGCUUGUGGAAUCUGACGACAGAAAGGCAGCAGCAGAAACGGCGGUGUCUCGUGUGAGCGUGCCCCAGGUGGCCAGGGUGCUGUCGGAGGUGUAUGGGGACCGUAUGUCCUCGUCAGAGGGAGAGAGCUUCCCCAUCCAGCAGAAACUCCUGGUCUGCUGUCUGCUACUGCUUACCCGCAACGGCAAGAACAAAGAGAUCCCACUGGGCAAGCUCCACGAGGUGUACAGCCGUCUGUGUGCCAAGAGACGUGUGGGCGGCGUGGGCCAGGGCGAGUGCCUCUCCCUCUGCAGUCUGCUGGAGAGCCGGGGCAUCUUUGCCCUGAAAAAAGCCAAGGAGGCUCGCCUCACCAAGGUUUCUCUGAAGAUUGAGGAGAGGGAUGUGGAGAAUGCUCUGAAGGAUCGCACCCUGCUGGGCAGUAUCCUGACUGCUGGCCUACCAUGACCUUUCACCUUUAUUUGUGCCUUAUUUUGUUUGUUUUGGGAUUCCUUUUUUUUCUGGUGGGGUGAUGCAUAUCCAACUAUGACCUCCCUUUUCAGAACAAUGGGAAAUGCAGCAAUUUGUUAGAUUUUUAUUGACAGAUUAACAUGGACUGGAAACAUUUCAAAUGGUCAGUCAAACUGACCAGCUGCUUUUAACUUGAGUUUUAAUGCUCAUUUAUUUUUGGGGGGUGAAAACCUUGUGUACAUUUAUGUUGUAAUAAAUUAAUG